AUGGCAGUGCCAACUGCGCAAAGGCCCAAGGCAGACUGGCCAGAGCCCAGAGGACCGGAAAUGGCCGACUUCACACAACAAGGGUUCCCGUCAACAUCCAAAAGGGCGUACAGUGAAUAUUUAGCCGAUAAUAUUCCAACACAGCCAAGUAAUUCUGGGAUCCAACACCAGGAUACCAACCUUUUCAACAGUUAUCCAGAGACUUGGGAGUUUGAUAGAAGUUUACCCGCCGGGGACUUUGCAACACGGAUUGAGCAGCCACAAUUGCUGCCAUAUGGGUUCAGUAAUACUCCCCUUCUAACUUCCUACAUUGGCGGUAACCCUCACAACAACUACGAAGGCGGUUAUGGGUACCAUAUUCAGCAGCCGUUGGUUCCCCCAACAGUCUUUGCCACGCCGGCUUGCAUCUUUCCAAGCGAUCCGAUGCCUGGAAAUGUGCAACAGUAUCAUGUCAUCCACCAGCAAGAUGACUGGACGAAUCAGCAAAAUCACCAAGCUCUUAUAGAACCCUCCCUUAAAUUUGAGGCAACCAGCUACCCCCAGCCUCCCCCCGAACCAGAACUCAUAUGCUUUGGCAUGGUUUGUCAUCCUCACAAUACAAUAAGCCGUCAUACACUAAACCAGCGGCAGAUCAAAGGCUUGUCUGCCCGAUAUCGGCCUUCCUUUAACUAUUCUCUUUCUGAGUUUAGCGUUAAGCUUCUAGAUGCUGAGAACUUUAUUGGCUCUGAGGACGCUUCAAUAGAAGGGAAGGUCAGCUACGAAUUCACCCACUUGACAAGCGCUCUAUUCGGUCAGAGUGAGCUUGUGCUAGAAAUCAAUUGUUCGACUUUAGAUAAUCCUUCCAAGUCAGGACCACAGAUGCCAGGAAAGCGUAUUCCAGGCUACUCGUCACAAUGCACUUUAGACAUUAUUAUUUACGGACCUCCAGAUCUAUCCCAGGAUGUCGGCUCCUUCUUCGAAGAAUACGACCUGUAUCUACAGGAUCCAGUCAACUGUAAGCAAAAUGUGAGAUACUGUAACCCCCACAGAUUAUCAGUCAACCCAAGCGAUGUUAAGUAUACAUUCGACUUGGGCAAGUCAACUGCACCAUUGGCCACUACAAUUGAUAUCAAUGAUGAUCCGGAGCUACUUGAUAUCAUCUUUUCGCACCAAGACCUUGCAGAAGCGACACAACCAAGAUCGAUCAGAACACCUUUGCAGCCCCAUCAAAAGCAAGCUUUGACAUUUCUACUUCAAAGGGAGUGUGGUUGGGCAUGGGAUGGGUGUCGUACUGACAUAUGGGAAGUGAGGGAUAAUGGCCAUGAGUCAUACUUCUACAACACAGUUUCGGGCGCCAUGCAAGUUGAACAACCACCUCAGUUUUAUGGAGGAAUAGUUGCCGAUCCAAUGGGUCUGGGCAAGACACUCAGCAUGAUCGCAUUGGUAGCAUGCGAUGUCCGCGCGGAGGACAUUGAGCCAUCUUCACUUCCCGGUGUAGACAUUGAAGUCUCCUCGGGCAAAACACUAAUUAUUGUUCCUGCACCAUUGAUGGGGUCCUGGGAAGAACAGCUUCAGAGACAUUGCUUCCCGAACAGUCUACCAUGGCGUUGCCAUCAUAACCAAUCUCGCUUACGAGUGGCUUCAGACUUAGAUCAAGUAGCGAUCGUCUUAACAACAUACCACACAGUAAUGACAGAAUGGAAGAAGGGCAAAGAGACAGACCAAUCUAUAAUCUUCUCAACAAAAUGGAAAAGGGUCAUUCUCGAUGAAGGCACGUCUUACUCUGAUACCAUUUGUAGGAAGACUACUGACCCAGCAACAGCUCAUUACAUUCGAAACACCAACUCGCAACUCUCUCGCGCCAUAUGCAGUCUUGAUUCUGUGUCCAGGUGGGCUGUAACUGGAACACCCAUACAAAAUAGGCUAUCUGAUCUUUCGGCUCUAUUGAAAUUCCUGCGUGUUCACCCAUAUUCUGAGAAGAGACAUUUUGACGCUGACAUCUCAAGUUUGUGGAAGUCCGGCAACGCUGAAAAGGCAGUUCAGCGGUUAAAGAGGAUUGCUAGUUGUCUCCUGCUCCGGCGUCCAAAAGAUGUUAUUGAGUUACCCCCAAUUCAUAAUCUGCAGCUCCAAGUGGAAUUUACGACAGCCGAGCGACAAUUGUACGAGGAUGUUAGAUUACAAGUACUUUCCCAGCUCAACGACUCAGCUCCCGCAUCUUUCAAGUCCCUCCAGCCAAAUUUCUUCAUCAACAUUCUUCAGAAGAUUGAGGCCAUGCGCAUGAUAUGCAACCUCGGUCUUCAUUAUCAUUUGCGGCACGAGAAGCCAUCCGUCCAGGGAUCAGUUGAUGAUUGGCAAUCAGAAGCCCAGAAAGCGUUCAACCUUAGACGCGAAGAAGGCGUUGUUCAGUGUCAAUUAUGCGGUCUCAGCCUUGAAGAAAUGGAAAGUCUUGUCGACGAGGGAGUGCAAGUAGGGAAGCCCUGGUUCUCUCGUUGUCUUGCAUUCCUAUGUCCAGUCUGUUCUCAAAGUGAGACUAACCGAGAGAACUUCUGUCCUCAUAAGCCAACAUGCUGCAUCGCCGCAGUCACAACAGGCACCUCCUUCUCAGAGUUAUCUAUGAGCAUACCAAGCGUUUCUCAUGAAAUACCCUCCAAGGUGGCAAUGUUGCUGUGCGAUCUUAGAAGACAAUCUCCACAAACUAAAUGCGUCGUUUUCUCUUCAUGGAGGACUACACUCAAUGUUAUCCAGGCCAGUCUUGAUCAUGAGUCUAUUCCGUGUCUGAGGUUUGAUGGCACUAUUACACAGAAGGAGAGACACAACGUUAUCGAGAGAUUUCGUAAUGAGCCUCAGAUUAGGGCUUACAUUGACGGAAGCUUCCCGAGCUUAUUUGAUGGAGCCAAGCUGGAAUCCAACACUGGAAGACCAGGCGCUGGCACGAAUUCACCGGAUUGGGCAAACUCAAGAAGUGACUACAUUGAGGAUGUUUGUGCAAAACUCCUUCGAGGAGAGGCACAAGCCUCAAAACGAGACCUAGCACGGAUCCUUCUUAAUCCCGCCAAUGGUGAUGAAAACAGAACCGAGUCUGGUUUGAACCGUUUGGAGUUCCUGCGCCGUUUAGUUUAG